AUGUCAUCUUCUCUCGAAUCACUCUCUGUUGGUUUUUCUUUUACGAAAACAGUCCAUCGAACUCCUUACCCUGCCAUCUCGCCUUUUAGGGACGAGCUUUCGCAGACUGGAAAGACAGUCCUCAUUACAGGUGGCCAUACAGGCAUUGGAUUCGCUAUCGCGAGAGCUUUUGCGAAGGCUGACGCAAGAAGAAUCAUCAUUGUCGCACGUCGCUCCAGCGUCGUCAAUUCCGCUGCCUCACUCCUUGGGACGGAGUUUCCAAAGCAGAGCCUAUCCAAGGAAGAUAUCUUUGUGGAUGUUCUUGUGUUAAAUGCAGCGAAGUUGUCGACGCAACCCAUUCUUGAGUCAGGCAGAGAUGCGGUCUGGAGCGAGUAUUUGCUGAACACACGGACAACUCUGGACUUCACUGAACGACUCUACAGACAGGCAAACUCCAAAGGUCGCCGGAAGGCUGUCGUCAACUUGAGUUCAAUGUCCAUCCACGACACCAAAUUGACUGGAAACCAACCCAGUUACGGAGCAAGCAAAAGUGCAGGCACCAUGCUACUACAGCGAAUUGCCAAGGAUGUGUUGCCUGAUGACUUGCAAAUCCUUAGCUACCACCCAGGUGGCGUUUACACGGAGCUGAUGGAAAAGGCUGGCGCCAGCCGGGAUGCCUACCCGUGGGACCAUGAGGAUUUACCUGGACAGUUUGCUGUCUGGGCAGCGUCAGACGAAGCGAAAUUCCUUCAUGGCAGAUUUGUGUGGGCAAAGUGGGAUGUGGCCGAGUUACGUGAAGGACCUAUUCGGGAACGUCUGGAUAACGAUCCGGAUUUUCUCACAGUCGGCGUCAUUGGCCUUUAG